AUGACUAUCUUGAGCGACACCCAAGCGAACAUCGACGUCCAGGACUACAGCAAGGUCAUCGACAUUGGCGAUGGCCUCAUCAUGCGCUGGUCCAUCCAGGCCGACACCGACAAUGUUGUCCAGCUCGUCGGUGACAGUUUCAGAUGGUUGUCAUUAGGUGACCCUCACCCAGAAGACGAGAUUCCUGGACCUCACGAACUCCUCAAGGCUGGCGCUAGGCGAUUGUUGUCGGGAAAGACGGCGGCGAUGAGCGAGAACGACUAUGCAUUGGUCGAAGACACGAACAACAAGGCCAAGGGCCUCAACCCGAUCGUCGCCUGUGUCUCCAUCCACAGCGUCCCGGCCUACUAUGGCUCUGUCAACCUUGUCUUUGGCAAACCUGAAUUGAUCGCCACCGAGCCCUCGUAUCGUAACAAGGGACUCAUCCGAAAACUGAUGCACGAGAUGAUCCAUCCUGCCUCAGAGGCUAAAGGCCAUGUCCUCCAGUUCAUUCCUGGCAUCCCGUACUUCUACCGCCAAUUCGGCUACGAGUAUGGCCUCUCCCCCGUCCCCGGUAGCAAGAUCGACUCCACCGACAUCCCACCCCUCUCUCCUUCAAACCACGGCGAGCCCUACCCUCUCCGUUCCGCCACACAAACCGAUAUCCCCUUCCUAACCCGCCUCUCCCAAACCCCACACCAAUACCUCGAACCGCGGGCCGCCGCCGUCGGAACCCGCUACACCCGCGAGUACUGGCAGUAUGCUGUUCAUGAUAGUUUUCUCGAUCAACAGUCGCGGUUUGAUGCCGAUCGUCAGACUUUUAUUGUUACCCAUGGUGAGGGGAAGGCGGUGGGGUUUGUGAGCAUGUCGCAUGUGUUCUUUGGGUCGACUGUUGAGGCGUUCGCGUUGGAUGAAGGUGAAGGGGUUCAUUAUGUCGAUGUCGUCCAUUCGGCAAUGAGACAGUUGUUUGAGUUUGCGAAGGAGCGCCAGGCCCGGAACGCCAAAGCCCUCGAAGACUUCAGGAACCCCUCCGCCGCCGCCGCCGCCGCCGCCACCAAGGCAGAACCCACAUCCGCAGUCGAGGAUGCCGCCGCCGCCUCCGCCAUCGUCAACUCCACCCCCAGGCCACCACCCUCAGUCUCCCUGAGCCUCUGCCUCCACAACGACCACCCGCUAAUCCAGCUCCUCGGCACAAAAGCCAAACGCCUCCCCGCAGGCGUCAACCUCCCAGGCUUCCGCAUCUACACCCGCAUCAACAGUUACCCCCUCUUCCUCACCACCGUCCGUCCCGAGCUCGAACUCCGUCUUGCCCAGAACCCCGCCACAGCCGGCACCUCCUGCCGUCUCCGUCUCGAUUUCUUCCGCAAGGUCGAGGGUAACUCUUCCAAGGGCCUCGAGAUCGUUAUUGAAAAGGGACAACUGGUUAAGAUCCAUGAUUGGGCCAAGCCAAGUCCUGAAGACUUGUUUUCAGAAAGGCAAGCCUGGAAGAAGGAGAACCAGAAGAAUGGAACAACGGCGCCGACAGUGUAUUAUGCAACUUUUGCGCCAUUGACGUUCACGCAGCUGGUGACCGGAAAACAGUCGUUGGAGGAGUUGAUCUGGUCGUAUGGUGAGAACUCGGCCAGGGAUGAUGGAGCCCGUUUGGUGCUUAAUACCUUGUUCCCGAAGGUUGAACACAGCAUGGACUUUUUCGACUGGUAG